AUGCUAAAAGCAAUGCGCAUGGAAGCUGCUGCACAGAAUGAUGGCUCCACAGGGCCUGAAACCUCUAUGAACACAGCUCACCUCUCAAAUCCCUUGGCAGAGACAUCCAGUCACCAGCAGGAAUCAUAUGAAACGCCGAGGUUUGAUUACUACACGGACCCGAUGUCUGCUUAUUCUAGUUUCAAAAGAAACAAGACUGCCCCUCAGCAACCAUACAUCUCAUCACCUCCUAGUUAUCAAGCCAGCUCUCCAGCACCGCAGUUUCAGCCACCAGCUCCAGGAUCGUUGGGCAGUGACUAUCAGGCACAUACCAAUCAUGGCGGUUUCCAAGCAGCUCAUUACGAAGGUCAAAAUCUGCAUAUGGAACAAAGAGGGAUGACACAUUUUUCACCCUCACACAGAGGUCCACCACCUGCCGCUUGGAAUAACAACUGUAGGCCUCCACCGGUUCACCAUUUAGGUCCACCACCACCUCAAUGGGUACCUCGCCCAUUUCCACCCUCUCAAGAAAGCCAACACAUGGGGAAUAAUAGAUUUGGUGGUCGAGGCAGGCACAACAAUACCGCUCCACAAUAUUCCCAUUACGGACGGCAAAACUCUAACUGGUCUGGAAACACAUAUCAUGAUUCAGGAAGAGGCAGAAGCAGAGGACGUGGUGGCUUUGGGAGAGAUGGAGGAAGAAGGCCCAUGGAAUCAGGGGGAGACCAAUUUUACUCCAACUCCAUGGCUGAAGAUCCAUGGAAGCAUAUUAAGCCAUUAGUAUGGAAGAGUUGCUUAGAUUCCUCUAGCAGCAACUCAACAGGUCAAGCAUGGCUUCCCAGUUCUAUAGCACAGAAGAAACCUAUGAUCUCAGAAUCUUCACAUAAACCUAGCAGUAAUCAGCAGAGCCUUGCUGAGUACCUUGCUGCUUCUCUAGAUGAAGCUACGUGCGAUGAGCCAAGCAAUUGA